AUGUCAUCUACCAACUACAAUGACAGAGCAACUCGCUAUGAGCAGCUCAGAGCCGAGACAAAGCGUCUCGAAGGACGAGUGUACGCAAGAAUACGAACCCAAGACGAUUCCACGGGGGCUCUCGUGAUUCAAGAACACAGAGCGCCCGCCCGGGGAGAGGCAAAUGUGUAUGGAAAAGUCAUCCCACAGCACAAAGAAGACCUGUACUAUCAGGACUGGGAGGCUGUCACGCCGCGCGGGCAGCUUCAUGCUCCAAACACAUAUCUUAAGACUGAGCAUCGUCUGAAUGAGGGCCCUACGAAAGAAACCCUGAGAAAGUGGGGAGUAGAGUUAAUUCCUCGGCAGCAGAGGACUUUCACUGAGGAACCUGAGGAGGUAGAGCAAUAA